AUGGGUAUUUUUGAGAGUCAUUUAGGCAUGUCGUCAGCUGGCGUCUUCCCCGCCACCCCGAGCAUCACUGACCCCAAUGGCUACACCCUCCGUGACUAUCCCCGUUCCAGUCCUAGUGAUGCCCUUCUUCAAAUCGACGAAGUUGGCUUUGACCCACAGAAAUCCACAGCACUCAAUGACUACCAAGUCUACCUAGCGUCGCAAUGGCCUGAGUUCGAGCGUGAGGAUGACUUAAAAUCCUCAGAGAAUCAAGUGAAGCUCGAGCCCUGCGAGACGGACAAGUUCGUCAACACGGUAUCCAACUCUACUGCCAGCACCAACUCCAGAGAAGACGGAUUACCUGCCAAGUCUCAACCGGCCGAACCACCACGAGAUCGAGGGAAAGGUUGGCCGAGGAACUCGGAGGUGACAACAACUACCGCGGGGCGCAACCGAAAGCCCACGCGAAAGCCGUCCACCACCAUUGAAGUAGGAGACUCGCCAGAAGAGCAGAAGCGGAAACAGUUACUCGAAAAGAACAGACAGGCUGCUGCAAAGUGGAGAAUCAAGAAUAAGGAAAAGACGAAAAAGUUACAACGGGAGAAUGCGUACCUCAAGGACCAGGUGGAGCGCAUGAAGAACCAGAUCCAAUAUAUAAAUGAGAUCCCAGUCGCACACACAAACUACAAAGGAUACAAGUCUCCCGAAGAGAUCCCGGCCCACCUCAAUGCCCUUGACAAUGACUUUUUCAUUCAACAGCUUACCUUCGCCGGCUACGACUUUGGAGAAUUUUCUCAGAUGGACUUCUCUGGCCUCUCUGACACGCCUAACCGUCUCUUCUCAACCUCAAAUCCCGGCGCAAGUAUGUAUGCGCCUCUCCAAGAAUUCAAUCCCACAGCAGAGUUCGAUGUACACACUCCAGCAGCCGAUUGA